AUAGUUUAAAAAGAGUGGCUUUGUGACAAACUGUGAAGGAAAUAGUGGAAUGCACGUAUGCAAACUGAAAACCAAGAAUGAUUUUUUUUUUUCCCCUUCAAAACAAGAGUGUUUAAAACCACAAGAAAUAUUUUGGUCACUCAACACAAUAACUCGAGUUUUGACUCCUGAAACUUUGACGAAGCUAAUUAAUUCUGCGGUACAACGGACCUUUACGUCGGGGAAUUAAUUCUUUGAAGUUAGAUUAACAAGCAGAGGUGAACAUUCUUGUUACAGUGACAAAUGUGUUUCAGUUUUGAGGAACUGGUGGUUUCGUCCACAUUUUCCCUUCAUUCACCACAUUAAUGGUAGUUGAAGCUAGUUUCUACUUUUCAUUUUUAGUCAGUGCCAAGCUAAAUACCCCCGAUGCGGAGCUUUUUGUUUCUGUUUUGAGCGCCCACUCGAGAAUUCUUUGAUGGCUUCCUCUGAGUGACUCAUAUAUGUAAGUAAAAAAGCCAAAAUAAGCUAUAAGACAAGUAAUGGUGAAAUGUCAUCACUGUAUAAUCGCUAGUUUGAAAUAUUGAAUGUGUUUGUUUUUAGGAAAUUGCAACAUCAAUAGUUUGUCUUAAUUUCAGGAAAUGAAGAAUGUGGACUAGUGUAACAGUAACACGUUGCAUGAGUAUGGUGAAAAGUAAAUCUUCUUACUUUGGCUUGAUUUGAAGAGCCAAGAGGAGCUUUUUAAACGCCGCUGCAAGUUGCGUUUGUACAUGAGUUAACAAGUUGGACAUUCUGCCAGAACAUUCUGGUAGAUUGGAAGCAUUACCAUAGACUAGCCAGAAGUUGGGCUGCACUGUAUUUGUUUACCAAAAGAGGCUCGUCCCUCGGGUGCAAAUCUGCUCGACUUCUUAUACCUUAAUGUAUUUUCUGUGCGGGAACACAUAAGGGGUUCAUAAAUUUUAUUGUUUUAUUUUGUAACAAUAAUUUUAUGGCUAUAUUUUUGAAAAAAAAAGUUCAGGAAAAGAAUUGUGGGGGGCAUAUCUGAUAAGGUGGAGGGCUGGAUCUGGACCAGGGGCCUACGAUGUGGCAACUCUGGCGUAAGAGUGUCGAGUUUGUUCUUCUAAAGAAGACCAGCUUCCAUCCUCGUCCUCAUCAAAGUCAUCAGGGAGCGUCAGGAAGUACAGAACCUGAGAAGAAGGAGAAGGCACCGAAAGGUGGCACUGCUGUAAAGGUUCGCCACAUCCUCUGCGAAAAACAUGGGAAAUGCAUGGAGGCGAUGGAGAAACUGCAGGCGGGAGUUCGUUUCAGCGAAGUAGCAUCACAGUACAGUGAAGACAAAGCAAGACAAGGAGGCGAUCUGGGUUGGAUGACGCGAGGAUCCAUGGUUGGACCCUUCCAAGAGGCUGCUUUCAACUUGGCCGUCUCCUCCAUGGAUAAGCCGGUUUACACAGACCCGCCUGUAAAGACCAAAUUUGGUUACCACAUCAUUAUGGUGGAGGGGAAAAAGUAAUGAGGAGUGACAUGAAAUUUGGACUUCUACGUUCAAACUGAGCUCCGUUUUCAAAGUGAUUGUUUCAGUGUUCCUCCCUUGGGCCAAUGUUUGUACAAAGGAAAGAAAAUGAAUAAAAUGUCUUAGUUAAUUGCA